CCAUGUUUAGAUUUUCUGUCAUUUUUCCGUUGCUAAAUGUUUUGCUGAGUAAACGGCAAUGGCGGAAGUACAUGUUAUUGGUGAAAUCAUCGGUGCAAGCGGGUUCCCCUCGCAUAAUUUAUACUGCAAAUGGUCUGUCCAUGUUGACGGUUUGUGGAAACUUUUAGCUGGACAAAAAGAGGGCCAAACGCAAGUGGACAACCCCCAGAACGAGGAUUGUGCGCGAUGGUGCCAUCCCAUAGACUUGCAUUUUGCCACCAAAGGACUGAAAGGAUGGCCAAAGUUUCAUUUCCAAGUUUGGCACCAAGACUCUAAUGGACGAAACGAGAUUUAUGGUUAUGGUUACUGCCAUGUGCCAACAUCACCUGGAACUCACAACGUUGAUUGCGUGACAUGGCGACCUCUCAGUUCGAGCAAGUCUGAACAGCUUCGUAGCUUUUUUGUCGGCGGUGCACCACAGUUAAAGACUUCAGAUGUUAUCUACACUGGUGGAGACCGAUAUAAAUUGAGAACGGUUGCCAUGGGUUCGAUACAUUUGCAAUUAGGCGUGAUAACGAGAAACUUUGAUAAAUUUGGGGUAGAAUGUUAAUAUAAAUAUUUUGACACUUGUAUUGUUAUGUUUUAAAACAAAAUAAUUGACUUUAAAUCUUGCCAAGGUUGGACGAAACUAUAAAGAUUCAAAGCUUAGCUUCCUCUAGCGGCUGUAGGGCUACUUCAAAAUCGCAAGCUGAGGAAAGUGUUUCAACUAAGAGUUAACUUUUGCACACAUGCUUCAUUGUAGUUGUUGUAAACACAAUCUAUAAAUAAGCCUACCGUGGUCUAUCAAUCCACCAAGGGUAUCUACAAGAAAGAUUUAUUACUCUCAAAAAGUCGCUGAAAGCCAAACUGUAAUCGUGAUUUAUUUAAACUGUUGCAUAGCUGUAAUAAAUACAGUAGACAGUAUGCGCUUCUUUGGUUGAAAACGUUGAAAUAUUGAUGUUGUUUCAGUUUUACCAGUUAAUGCUGAAUCAAACACUAUCCUAAAACCAGUUAUGUCCUUGAUAAAGGCUAAAAGCCCUAAAGCCCUAAAAAUUAUAACUGAUAUUUUACAGUAAUAUUCUGUUGUAUUUAACAACUACUCACCAAAGUGGAGGUCACUUGUGGUGGAUAUUUUCAGAGGAAUAAAGUGACAAAGUAAAUAUCCACUGCAAAGCACCAACACUGAGGUGAAUAUUUGUUUCAGUAAAUACUAUACUUUACUCUUCCUCCAACGAUUACACUAUUUUCAAAUUCUCCUUGUCAGCAACAAAAAUGUGUAUUGAGAGGAGUAUGAAGAAUAACUUAGGAAUAUUGACGUUAAAAGAUUGUCCAGGGUUAGUGCUUGAACCAACUACACAGGAUGUUUUAGUAUAUUUUUGUUCUAUUUACUAGUGUUGGUAUCUUUACAUGGAAAUUACCUAUUAUACAUUGCACACUCACUUUUCCAUUUAAAAGUUUGAAUUUAAAAGAUAAAACCAAAAUGACACUGAAUUAUAUGAUAAAGAGAAUUUUUCAUGAAUAAUGAAAUUAUGAUAACUAUAAUAAUUUUCUUAAAGAACUAAUGCGAUGUUUAGUGUAUUGUAAACUAUUUGACCCUCUUGAGACAAGAUUGUGGUAUUCACUAGAUGAGCUUCUCAUUUACAAAGGUAGCCUUUUUCUGAACAGUCUUGAUCAACUAAAUAAUCAAUAUUUUUAGCUGUCAAGGAGAAUUGCCUUUUCAGAACCACCAAGUAAAGAAAGUCAAU